AUGAAGGCGGAUGAGCGGACGCUUCGGGAUAGUGGGGAGUUGUACUACUGCUGGACGGACAAGACGCAUAUGAAGGAGCUGGUGCGUCAGCUGGAGGUCGUCACAAUUCGCGACCCCAGCUUGGCGGUGCAUGUGAAUAUCCUAAAUGUCACUGUCGUCGACCAUGAAUUCAAGUCUAUUAUGGAAAAACUGGCACGCUGCAUCGCCCUCCUCCCCAAUUUGCACACCGUGCAACUGCGCACCAUGCCAGCCUGGUCCUACCUUGAAUGCUUCAUGUCAAACGUCUUCAAGCAGUACACCUAUCCCCAAAUUCGUACCGUCGCCGUAUGCUCACGUGCGUCUCCUAUAAUGGAGUCGUGUCCCGGGAUGGUGCGCUUGUACGCGUACAAUGGUCUCCAGUACGGUUGCUUGGACCACUUUGUGGAAAAGAGCUACUCCCAAGUUGAGGUGCUUGGCACGCCUGUGGACAAGUAUUCGCUCACCAAACACUCGGUAGAGAGCAAGUACCAUUCAUUUGUCAAAGGUGAAACUCUAGUACAAAGCCUACCCAACCUUCGAGACAUAACCUUGGAUCGCCUUAUUCUUGGUCGGGCUUUCGACUGGAUCAAACCCAUCAUGCAACUCCGCAACCUCCAAACAAUCCGUCUGAGAAUGGACUCGGACACGCCCGCGCUGCCUCAUGAUCGGCACCGUGCAUGCGCUGAGUGGAUCAAGUGGUCUCAACAUAUUUUGUCCCAGAAUCAGAACCCAGACAUAGUGAACAAACAAGUGAUACUCACCGACCCGGACGGAAAGGUUACAGUGUACGUGGUUGCUGGGUUAGCGAAGUACGUCGGAUUAUGA